UCCGCGCCGUGCCCCGGAAGCGGUGGCGGGCGGGGUCCGGCGCAGCGCGAGGCCCUGCGGCUGCCGGGUGGCGCUGCCGUUACCGCGGGACGCGGGGCCCGGCCCGGCCCGGCCCCGGCUCGGCGCUGGCGGCGGCCGCCGGAGGAGUUCUUUCCAUCGUUACAGACUGUUAGUCAAGUGGACAGUGGCCCGUCACACUCCUGAACAGAACCCUGGAGGCAGGAAAAGCAGAUAACAUUAUGGACAAAGAAGUUGAAUGUACUUUGGUGGUGCUGGGUGUGAAGAGUUCUAGGUCAAAUGAUUAGUUCUGUGACAAGACAGCAUGACACUUUGAAGUAUGACAGAACCCCUGAUGCCGCAACAGAGGCUGGGAAUAUUAAUGGCCAAAUCUAGAGAUCACAUGGUCUUCUAAAGAAGUCAUGGGUAGCUGUUGUAGCUGUCCAGAUAAAGAAACUGUCCCAGAUAACCAUCGAAACAAGUUUAAGGUUAUUAACGUGGAUGAUGAUGGUAAUGAGCUGGGUUCUGGCAUAAUGGAACUUACAGAUACAGAACUAAUUUUGUACACCCGCAAAAGGGACUCUGUAAAAUGGCACUACCUCUGUCUCCGUCGCUAUGGCUAUGACUCAAAUCUUUUCUCUUUUGAAAGUGGUCGAAGGUGUCAAACUGGACAAGGAAUCUUUGCCUUUAAAUGUGCCCGUGCAGAAGAGCUAUUUAAUAUGUUGCAAGAGAUAAUGCAGAAUAAUAGCAUAAACGUGGUAGAAGAACCAGUAGUAGAAAGGAAUAACCAUCAAACUGAGUUGGAAGCUCCAAGAACCCCUCGAACGCCUACCACUCCUGGGUUCAAUGCACAAAGUUUACCUAACGGCUAUCCCAGAUACCCAUCUUUUGGAGAUGCUUCAUCACAUCCUUCCAGCAGGCAUCCUUCUGUCGGAAGUGCACGCCUCCCCUCUGUCGGUGAAGAAUCAACACAUCCUCUACUUGUAGCAGAGGAACAAGUGCACACUUACGUCAACACUACUGGGGUACAAGAGGAGAGAAAAAAUCGAUCAAGUGUGCAUGCGCCACUGGAAUCGAAGCUUUCAAACACUGAAACAACGAAAGUGAAAGAAGAUCAGAUUUGUACUGAUGACAGAGAUGCUCAGGUUCUCCUGGAGCCUGAAGGAGUCAAGUUUGUUUUAGGACCAACACCUGUUCAAAGGCAGUUAAUGGAAAGAGAGAAACUGGAGCAACUUGGGAGAGACCAAGUUAGCGGCAGCAGCACAAACAACACUGAAUGGGACACUGGAUACGACAGUGAUGAACGUAGAGAAACGCCAUCUGGUAACAAAUUGGUGUACGAAAAUAUAAAUAGGCUAUCAAUCCCUAGUGCCUCAGGGGUCAGAAGAGGUCGUUUGACAUCAACCAGUACCUCAGAUACCCAGAACAUUAACAACUCUGCUCAGAGGAGAACUGCGCUGUUGAACUAUGAGAACUUGCCAUCCUUGCCUCCUGUCUGGGAAGCCCGCAAGCUGAGUAGAGAUGAAGAUGACAGUUUAGGACCAAAGACCCCAUCUUUGAAUGGCUACCACAAUAACCUAGAUCCAAUGCAUAAUUAUGUCAAUACGGAGAAUGUAACAGUACCAGCAAGUGCUCAUAAAAUAGAAUUUACACGACGUCGGGACUGUACCCCCACAGUCUUUAACUUUGACAUUAGGCGUCCAAGUUUAGAACACAGGCAGCUCAACUAUAUACAGGUUGACUUGGAAGGUGGUAGUGACUCCGACAACCCUCAGACUCCAAAAACCCCCACCACUCCACUUCCGCAAACUCCAACCAGGCGCACAGAGCUGUAUGCUGUGAUAGACAUUGAACGAACUGCUGCUAUGUCAAGCUUGCAAAAAGCACUGCCCCGAGAUGAUGGUACUUCUAGGAAAACUAGACAUAACAGUACUGACCUGCCUAUGUGAGCCUGGGAAGCAUUAAAUCAUUUGCACCUUUUGUGAAGUUUAUAAAAUUGAAGAUGCAAGUACUUUGCAUUUCUUAACACUAACGCCUUUUAUAGACUAAUAGAACUUUUUCUGCAUAUUUCAUGUACUUGUCUAACUAAAGGGAAUUAAUGUAGAGCAAGUAUUCAUUUAGGUAACACUAUUUCAUUCUACAGUAGUAGUAAUUACUGCAUAGCAGCAUCACCACCUUUCACAGUGCCUCUUUAAAUUGAUUAGAGUCUGAGUGACAUGCCAGUUUUGAAUUUAUAAAUAUUCUGGUCUGGUGCCUAUAGUCAUUAAUGGCAUUUAUAACAGUUUUUAAAGCCUCUUGAUAUGUGUGUUUAUUAGCAGGUAAACCUAAUCUUUCAAGAUACAUAUCUACAUUCAUUCCUCAUUGAUGUGGCUCCUGAAAUGUAUGUAAUUCAUUAAUUCACUCAGUUUGUACACCAGAUAUAUUGGUUCAUCUCAAGGGAUAUAAGCACCACACUUUUCUGUCGUUUUUCUUUUUUUUCAAAGACCACGUGGGUAAGAAGGCAUCUAAUUCCCGAUAGUUUUAAGUUGUGUGAUGUUUAAGAGGUCACAUCGAAGUUUGUUGAGCAACGUUAUGAACACAUCUAAUCCCAGCCUUAAGCUACUUCAGUUAGAAGAGAAUUCCAAGUGGCAUAUCAAGUUCCCUGUGAAAUCAGACAGAAUUUUAAUCUCAUUAGGGUUUUUUUUGUGAAGGAAUUCACAGGUUGGCUAUAUGAAUUAAGGCUCUUUUGUCAUUUCUUAGUUCAGUGUGCCUUCCUUUCUUUGCAUUUGUGCUUCUUUUUAUCUGUUCCGUAACGUCUUAAGAGUCAAAAUUUUGUACAUAGCUUUAAUUAUUGUUCAGGGUUGUGUAUGUGUUUGUCUUACUCUCUGCAUUUGACAAAGAAAGACUCUUGAAGGUCAAAUGUUUGUCUUUGUCCAGUGUUCUACUUUUUUUAUGCCUGACGGAAAUAUCCCAGCUCUCCAGCAGCAUGCAUUAUUGCACAACUGGAAAGGUUUAUUAUGCAGUCAUUGUCUUCCUCUGAAGCAUCAGACACAGGUUACACGGGAGGCAGGGUACUGGACUUGAUAGUUCUUCAUAGAAAAUUGCAUAUUCUAGCAAUGUGCAUCCAUAGUUGAUAGUAUACUUUAAUUUAGAAAGAGAUGUAGUAAAUUAUCUGAAGGUAGUAUUAUCUAUGAACAUACUUCUUUUGCAGUUGGUGAACUUGGUUACAAUAAUAGCUGCUCAGUGUUACAGGUACAUCCAGGUAGAAUGUCGUUUGAGUACGCCAGACGCACCCUUAGCAGAACUUUUUUCUUUUUUUUUUUUUAUACUCUGAAUAAUUUUAGAAUUCUGGCAGUAUUGCAGGUGCACCUUGGUACUGGCAGCAGAAGAGAUUACUCUUGAGCCUGUGAUUGCAAAGGAACUGACACUUGUGAACUGGUGCGAUGUAAAAUAACCCUUGAACUGUGUGAGGAAAAACAUGCAAGAAAAGCCAUCUGAAGAUCUGGAAAAGAAAUAAGGGUCUUCAUGCAAUAUUUAAAUUUAAGUUUUAUUAAAUAUAUAUAUAUAUAUAUUUUCAGGUUUUUAAAUUGGAGUGUAUCCCUGUUCCUUUGUUAACGUGUUCUCUGUGCUUCUCUCAAUUUAGUAGUGGCAGCAGUGGUAGCACCUGAAGUCCGUGUUUCUUGCCACAUGGUUAAGGGAUAUCAGGCAGCCUGUUAACUCUGAAAAACUUUACAGACUGUAUGGUACUGAAAUACCAGAUGCACAAAGAACAGAAUUUACAGAAGUAAGAGAUGGGAGUUGUUGAGACCAUUACGAGGAACUUAAAUGAGACAAGUAAUAAUAACUCAUUAAUGAUCUCACUGUCAACCUAUGCAUACUCAUGUGAUAGACUUGUUGACUUGUGGGGAGAACUUGGUACUCAAGGAGGUAAAGGCUACCGUGUAGGUAGAGAUCUUUACAGGUCUGCAGUGUUAAUGCUCCUUCACAUCUUUGCCAUUGCUUCGCCUUAUGCCAAGGAAGUCUUGUACUGAAGAGAAAUUACCAGGUGUUGCAAAAUAUUUACCAGCUGAUGAUACUGGUGUGAUUCUUGUUCUUAGUUUAAGAACAUGAAUUCAAGUUCACUUAAACAUGCGAGCCAGCCUAAUGCUUCAACGUGUGUUUUGAGGCAAAUGUGUUUGAUCUAGCUAGCUGCCUAGAAAUAUUUGGUCCUCAUCUGUAUAGUACAGGUAUCUCAUGAAUACUGGUUAACUGAACCCUUAAAACAUUCCUGUGAGGCAGGGAGAUAAUAGUCUUAAUUGAUAAAUAGGGAAACAGAGGAUAGAUCUUAAGUGGCUCACCAGAAUUAAAGGAAACAUAUCCCCCUUUAGUUCUGGUGCACUGUCCCAUACAUGUAUCCUGAAUAGUCUCAGAUACAAGAGGUGGUCUGAGUAAAUUUUUUCUUUUUUAUGUUGCAAGUUUCACGAUACAUCAUUUCGGCCCUUUUCUUAGCUGUGGCCCCCAGAAUUCAGAACAUCUUGAGGUUUCAUCUUCCGUGAUUUCUGAAUGCAUAGUCUUGGCAUUUUUAUUAAUAUUCUAAAUGAAAUAUGCACCAAGCAGAAUUAAGCAAAAACCUUCUGUAGCCUUAAUUGUAUUAACCAAUCUGGUACCAUAUUUUCUAGGAUUUUUUUUUUUUAAACCCUCUGUUACUCUACAGACAGGAUAAUGCUUUCUUGUUGCAAACACACUGGUUAGUCCCUGUUACCUGCACUGCUCAUCUUUAGCAUUCUUUUUUAUUUCUUUAUGUUAUGCCCCUUGAAGUAGAUGUAGUUGCAAUGCACUUUACCCUUUGAGACUUGGUAAAUAUUUUUUCAGUUCAGUCUCUUUAAAGGUUGUGAUUUUAGAUUUAGCUUCUGUAAUCUACAGUUCAGUUUUCAGCUGAAAUCUCACUACAGUAUUUGAUCAUGUUUGUGUUUUGGACCCACAGGUGUACAGACUGAGAAACAAAUAUGUAACAAAUUUCUUUAGUAACUGGGAUAUGUUAAGUUUCCAUACACUAGCUCCUGCAAAAAUGGCAACAUCGCCUUCAGGUCUGCCGUUCAUCAAUAGCAUGCAACUGGCUGCUACAAGCAUAUUGGACAAAGAAAAGCCUUUAGUUACAGAUAUUCCUUCAGUGCAAUGAUUUGUGAAAGACAUACAUUGGACUCUUAUCCUUUUUAAGAAGGAAAUUGAAUUGAUAAAAAAAAAAACAAGAUGUAGCAGUGACCAAAAGUAGGCAAUAAAUAUUGUGCUGGAAAUACAUUUGGUGAGAAUGUAAUCCAUUGGUUAUAUCACAAGAAUAUGUUUUCUCAAAUUGAUAUGAAGGGGCAGUCUGAUUUUAAUUUUGUGGUCUUUGUCAGUGACUCUAUAAAACAAUAUAAAAACGAUCAUUCUGAAACCUUUAGCUAUAACUGUAACAUUUUUCCCCUGAUAAGUAAGUUUUGCAUAUGGUAAGUGGUAAGUGUAAUGGUGUGCUUUGAAGCACUACUCCUAUUAAAGUCUACAAAAUUUUUGUAGAAAUAUUUUUUCUGCAUAUUUGUUCUAAAAAGGGCCACAGAAAGGUCUAAGCUAUAGAAAGUCCAAAACGAUGUCAAAACAGGGCUGCUCUUUUGGAGGUGACAGGCCAGCAGUUGUUUUUGCUGGAUUUUUGACAGUGUAUUGGCUCAGAAUCUGUUUUAUGUAUAGCCACUUCAUGCUGAGGCAGAAUCACAAUAUUGCAGACUGGCUCCACUGUUGGGGACUUUAAAAUGCAAUUUCUGAUUAACUUCAGUUACUACUUUGAGCAUAUAAUAUGAGCUGUAUCUGAUUUGGACCUCUAUUUCUAAGCAGUAUUCUCUUUGUGUAAGGUGGGAUCAAUGGUGAAAAUCCAAUUUUUGCACUGUACUAAUUUAUUUAGUGGCUACAAAUAAGAUAAAGCUGGUUUAGUAGGAUCUAAUACUGGACUCAGAUCUGAAAUUUUCCUGUAAACCCCAAGAAGCCAAAAGAAAUUUGGUCCCACAGUUUGACAGAUAGAAUUAGGUGUUUUUAGAAUUUAAUCAUAAGAUCUUUUCCCAUCUUUUCUGUGAGGUAGCAAUUCAGGCAUUUAUAUUUGACAGUAUUUACUCAAUAUAAAUCUAAGUUCAUUUACAAUAUCUUUAUUUUAAAUUCAUAAACACUCCAGAAAAGAAAAAAAAUCAAAACACAACAAGUAACAAAACCACCACCAACAAAAUCCAGAAGAAAUUCCACCACAAAAGACUGCGUUAAGAUGGAGUCAGGGUUGCUGAUGUCCUUCUUGCAUAGCAUAUAUUGAAAAGAUGGGAAGUCAUGAGCUAAUGUCCUUUCACAAUCUUUAGAAAUUGCUUCCUCUUUUGGACAAGAUAAGUGAAUAAGAAAAAAAUCUUAGCAGCUGUAACUCUGACCAUGUGUACAUUAUAUCUUGUAAUGUUGUGCUGUAAGGUAUGUGACUAAAUCUGUCAGGUGUCUUAUGAGGUUAUUAUCCUAAUGUGGUGUUUACUCCAGAUUAACGCAGUAUUUUGUUUGGAAAUGUGUAGGUGUACAGAUAGAAUAUGAGAUACAAAGUUACCUUUAAAGUUGAUGAAACAAGUGUUGGACAUUUCUCUAUUUUUAUAUAUCACAAAGGGCAUUUUGAAAAAAUUCUUGCAGUUUUAGUAAUUAUUUAGUGUGGUAAUAUACAUAUAUUGUGACAAUGUUUUCUGAUAUAUCCAUAACUUCGGUGUAAUUCUAUUUUAUGUAGCAAAUAUCUGUAUAUACAAAGGAGAUUAUGUAAAAAUAUGAUUCAGAAAUAGGCUCGAGCCCUUUGGAACAGGGACCGUCUUCCUCUGUGUCUGCAAAGUCCUUACUUAAUGCCUUGGGGUCCCAGCCACAGCUCGUGCCUGAGACCCGUGGUGACUGAACUGUCAAGAGAUGAGCGUGGAGGAGCAGCUCCUCUGCUCUCCACAAGAAGCCUUAGCACGAAGGUGCCAUGAAGCUCACCUUGCCGCUCGCUGACGCUGGGGCUGUGCCAUACGUGGUUAUUCCCAACCACCUGCCAACAACCCAGACCCCAGAGUCGGUGUGUCCUGUGCUCCCGUCCUUCCCUUUGGCAGUAGGAAAGGAAGUCUGAGGUAGGAGCUUUGAUGUCACCAGGGAAUCUUCCUUGCGAGUGUUUGGGCCUCAUGCAGCACCCUUUGAAGCCACACGAGUGGUUCGUAUUGGCUUCGAGGGCCCCUGGAUGUGUUCCUACAAGAUCAAGUUCUGCUGACAUAACAGCUCUGUUACACCUGAGGACCUGGUUGGUCAAGUUCUUCAGGAAUGGUCUAAAAAUACUGUAAAAAUAUAAAUAUAUUUAAUUACGUGUACUGAAAAAAAAAUCCUAUUUGUUGUGGUCGGAGUUCAGAUUACUAUGUGAAUUUUGAUUUCUUAGUCAUACUUGCAUAUAUAUUGCUUUAACUAUUAUGUAUGAAAGAGGAAGUGAUUCUAAAGUGUGUGAAAGAUCAGGAUUACACCUGUAUUUUUAAUGUUUGUGUUAUUUAGGAAUGGAUGUCAGCAAAUUUAACUCCAUAUUAAUGCAGUUUUUUUGCAUUAGAAUACGUGUGUAUAUCAUACACCCACAUUUUAUAUAUAAUAUAUUAUAUAUUUGGUACUAACUUUGUAUUUUCCCUGAAAUUUGCCAAAUCCCGAACACAAAUGUUCUCACUUGUAAGACUUUGGUACUUAAUAACUGAAUGUAUACGAAAUGCUCUGGUAUGAACGAAAGUAGUGUUGUACGUACGGUAUCCCUCACCCAUGCAGAUGUCUUUCAACCAGCAGGCGCGUUGCCUUUUUCGUGAGUUACAUCUCAUUCCACUGCAGCAUCACUUUACGUCUCCUGAAAAAUUGUCUGUGUUUUAACGAAACUGCAGACCUGCCCUUACAGUACAGCUGACUACACUUCUAGCAGGAAAGCUGGCUGGUAGGAGUAAGAAUACAAUAGUCACCAGUGUGCCACAAUUGCAUUUUUUUAAAUGCAGAAAUACACAUUUCUACAAAGGCCAAAAUCUUAUGUUGUAUGUUCCUUUCUUGUCAUUACAUUGUAUGAUAUUGUAAGAUUAUUGUAUGUCCUAAUUUGCAUUAUAAAAUGUUUUUUCCUACUUUAAAGGCAUAAAUAUAGCAACUUUGUAUAAAGGUAGCUUUCUAGAUUUUUAUUUCUUUUAUAUAAAAAAGUCUAAACAGUGGGAGUAUCAUUGCCAAAUUGUUUAUAAAAUUUCAAUUAAUUUGCCCUGUUCAAUGGAUUUGUUUUUACAAACAUUCCGUAUUUCUUUUAUGAAAAAGUUAUAUUAUACUAUGCAGAAAGAGUGUAUUUUUAUGCCAUUCCACGUUAAUCUUAAAAAAAUAACUUGUUUUAAGCUGUCCUGAUUGAGAGAGCUUACCAAAUGUGCAUUUUUAAAAGAUGUGUUAUGUAUUAUGACAACGUUUCCCCCUUUACCAGUGCCAACUUCAUUUGGAAAGAAAAACAAAUUGUAGCAUGGCAAUAAACUAUUGAUUUUACAUUGACAA